UUUUCCGAGGCCAGGCACGGUGUACGCGACGAGAAGCGCAGCCAAGUCACACUCUACGUCAUACCUUUUCGAGGGCAACUGUGGUGACCACUCUGCUUCUGCCUUUUGUACAUGUCUAGCGAUUUUCUGCCGCCUUUCACUUGUUAAAUUGACGUCGGGCCUUUCUUUUAAAUCGUGUGAUAGCUUCUUUCUGUCAAGAGUUGUGUUGGUACCGUCGUUUGACUUGGAAGUAGGACUGUCAACAAUAAAGCGAUCCUUCCCGAUGCUUCAUUUUAAACCUCCACUUCAGCUAACCGUGUAUUAUUGAGCCUUCGUCAGGAGGGCCCACACAAAUGACACCCCGUCUUUGUGCCAUCAAGUGCCGUGACAAAGCACGCUGACAGCAGGGCUCAGGAAGGAGCAGUCAGAGCAGGAUUCCUGUAAUCACUCCUCCGUCGUCUGCCACUGCUGCAACGCCACUUCCCCGUCUGCUUCCCGCUGAGAUAUGAUUUUCUUUUACACAUUAUAGAAAGCACGAAUCUUUAUAUGUGGUGAUAACAUUCUGAGUGAUUGAGCAGAUUGAAGUGUUUGUGCUUUCCUAGGUGGUGGAUUGCACAGAGCCUUGUCUCAGUGUUGUGUUACCUUAUCUGUUUGGCACAGUUGUAACGUGAGUCGUCGUGUGCUCUUUCUUCUCUGCGGCGGCCGCACAGAGAUUGUAGUGACUCUCACCCCAGUGGAAGCUCAGAAUGCUAAUAUGAUGACAGCUUGCGGGCCAAUGUCAUGGCAACAAAGCUACAAUCUGAUAUAUGUUGGGUAAAGGAGCAAAGCGGAAGCUGGAUGAGGAUGAUGAGGGCUUGGAAGGCGAAGCGUUGGCGGUGGGGGCUGGAGCUUCAGCCGAUGGCCUCUCCAAGGUUUCGUACACACUGCAGAGGCAGACCAUCUUCAACAUCUCUCUGAUGAAGCUGUAUAACCAGCGGGCGCUGGCUGAGCCCAGCCUGGAGAAGCGUGUGCUCAUUAACAACAUGCUGCGGCGCAUCCAGGAGGAGCUCAAGCAGGAGGGCAGCCUUCGGCCGCUCCUCUUCCCUCCCUCGCCUCCAGCCGAUGACCCCGUGGAUGAGGGCUUCCGGGAAGCACAGCCCGCGUUCAGCGUGCUCUCUGUGGUGACGACUGCGCCACUCUCACAGCCCCCCGCACCGCUGCCCACUGCUGCUGCUCCAUCGUCGUCACCAUCAGCCCUGGCCGGCCACACGCCGCUGGACGCUUGCCUGACUCCAGCAUCCUUACUGGAGGAGGACAGCACCGCGUUUUGCACCUCACCCUCUCCCCUCUCACCCUUGUCUCUCGAGCAUGGCUCUCCCAGGCUCUCUGGCCCCGGAGCCAGCGACAGCUUCUCUUCUGCCCUGGAUGAGAUUGAGGAGCUCUGCCCGUCUGUGGCGGCAACUACAGCAGCGGGGCCCACUACUACCUCCCCCUCCACGCUCACAGCCACCCUCCACCUACCCCUCCAGUCCACCAGCCAGCCUGCUGGAGCCUCUGACUCAAAAGACUGCAGCAAGUCCUGCAGCCCAAAGCUGGAGGGGCUGAGCUCACUGCCCACGGAGCGUCCAGCAGUGGCUAUGGUGGCUGCCGAGUCCAAAAUAAUGGAGACUCUUUCUCCCAGUGGCCUGGACAUGAGCACUUCACCCUCCUCCUCUUCCUCAGGCUUUCUCACAGACUUGGCCUUGGAUGAUAUCCUCUUUGCUGACAUUGACACCUCCAUGUAUGAUUUUGACCCUUGCACCUCUGCUGCAGGUGCUUCCCCCUCCAAACUGGCACCUGUGGUGACGGCUGAUGACCUCCUCAAGACCCUGUCCCCUUACAGUGGGGCCGCCCCUGCUGUCAACUCCAACCAGCCUUUUAAAAUGGACCUCACCGAACUGGACCACAUCAUGGAGGUCCUGGUAGGAUCAUGACCCGAUAUGGACAGAAAGAAGGAGAUGCAAAAAUAAAUCAAAGAAAAAAAAAUUUUGAUACAAAGUGUAAAAACUGAAAACUCUGUGGGUGUUUUGUACAGUUUUUAUUUUUAAGACAAGGCAGUUGUAAUAAUCAAUGGUGAUGUCACCCAGUACUACUUCUCAACACUGUGCAUGCACUGUGCUUGCCUUUCCAAAAAUGAACAUGAAGGAACAACACUUGGCUUCUGUCAGAUUUGAGUGCCUUCAUCGAAAAAUGACCACUCGGCAAAGUCCUUUUAUUACUGUCUCUAGUUCAUGUGCAAAGAAGGAGUAGCAGCUCUUUCCUCUCCUCAGCAUACAGGUGCAAGAUUGUGCUCCACUGGGCCCUAUAUUUGUGUUACUUUCAUUUUCACUAAGCACAACAAUUUUAAAAGAGGAACCUGGAUUUAGGGGCUUCUUUAGUGUUAUUGUUCUAAUGCUCAAAGCUGUUUGAGCAAUAUUUUAAUUAUGUCUGUUCUAACUUAAUGUCCUGACUGAACUCCCACUUUCUAACUCUAGUAUGAAAUGUACAUGCUUUUCCCUUACUGGCUUAUUUAUAGCUUUUACGAAUUUUGGUAUGUGGUGAGCAUUGGAUUUACCUUCAACCAAAUUCCAAACUGGUGACUUCAGGCAAUAAGUGCACGUUAUGAUGCACAUUUGUUGUAUAGUUAUUUUUAAGUGACAGAGAAUCCUUAUCCUUAGUAGGAAAUAACCUAGUCAAGGCAAAAUCCCUUUAUACUAUACCCAUGCCAAUAACUUCCCCAUUCUUUUAUGACUGGGUUUUUAGUGCUCGUUUUAUUACUAAAUGCGUUUUUCAUUUAAAUACACUACGCUGAUGUUCAGGAAGUGAAUCCGCACAUGCUUGUUUAUCCUUUCGUGUUAUUGGUAGCCUGGAAUUAAAGCUUUUGUUUGUUUUUUUGUAUCAUCUUUUCUUGUUUUUCAAACAUUUUCAUCCUCCACUCUCCAACGGUACGGUAUACAUAUUGCAUGCACGAUUGCAUUACACCUGUACAAAAGCCAGUUGUCAAAUUUUAAGUGGGUUGGUUUUAGUUUAUCUUAUUUAUGCCAUUGUUGGUUGAGUUUUACUGAUUGUCAUCUGCUCAUUCCUUCUCUCCCUGUUAUCUCUCAGCUGGAAUUUCUCUUCUUAGUUUUUGGCCAGUAGAGAUGGUCACAAAGAGUUUUAAGGGCAAGAGCACUGGAGAUUUAGAAUUUAAUUUAUGCAUAUGAAACGGUUGGUAUGCUGACCUGCUUUAAAUUAUUCCAAUAUAUUUAUCACUUAGGUUACUAAACAUUGCCAUCCCUUAUUCCACGGUUAAAAGAGUAGUUAGCCUGUAUGCAACAAAUGGCAACAUAUGCCUUCAGCUCUGGAACUUGCUAUAAACCACUGAUUUUAAUCAGACUGGAUUGCAGGGGCUUUGAACUUUGUGUUUUCAGUUCAGUUAUGAUUGAUCAUGUCUUGUGAAAAGGGACCAUUUCUCAUAUCAGUUGCUUAGAG